CUGACAUUUCGUCGGACCUCACAGCAGAUAUCACUUGGAGGUAACGCCGCAAAGCUAGUUGAAUCUUCCAGACGCUUAGGUCUUCACUUGGAUAAUGAACUCAAAUCACGGGACACUCCUGUAAAUAGGCUAAUCAAACUCGCACUAAAAAGUUGAGCCUGCUAAGAUCUUUGCAUUUCCUUCCUGUAGUUAAACUUAGAAAAGAUUUCUACUUUAAAGUCAUCUUACCAUCUGUUACAUAUGGCAUAGCUGUAUGGGGAUCCUGUGGAAGUACACUCUUUACAGAACUUGAGAAAAUUCAUGUCCGUGCCGCAAAAAUCAUACAUAAAUGAGUCAGACUAGUUAACGCCCUCGGAAGAAAUCCUUCACUAAAAACGACUACAGUUACAAGGAUGCCAGUCUUAACAUACACUUCUUUUCAAGGUACUGCCCCAACAAGUACACAAGGACUUUUCAAAUAUAUAACUGAAAAAUACGAUCUCAGAAGAAAAAAUUGUUUUACCCUCUCCAAGCCUACCUCGAACUUCUAAUAAAAUCAGUUAGGUAUAGUGCAGCUCAACUAUGGAGUGGCCUGCCCAAUAAGAUCAGGGCAAAGCAAAGCUUAGCCGCUUUCAGUCAAGGAGGGGCUUAACGUUACUGCUAUCUAUUCAGCUUGAGUUAUGUCAUACACAUCCACACCAGCAAUUAUCGUGAUUAAAUAAAAGAUGUUGUUGUUGUUGUUGAUAUCUUGAUUCCAGGAAUCACAUCUGGGAUUUAGCCGAAAUUUAAUUGGACAAUUCAGUAAAUUUAUGCGUUAAAAUGUAUGCAAGUUAAAACAACUGCCAGUGAACUGCACUUCAGCAAUUCAAAUAUAUUCUACUUACCACGCGCUAUGAAAAACAACAAGUAGAAAACGCGAAAAAAAAUGUUAGCUUAAAAUUCUGUCACGUGAUAUGUUUUGUCGUUCGCGCUUGCCAUGCACUUGAUGUCUUCAAAGGUCUGUUUGAUUCCGGGGGGCUUGCAGGUGCGCAGGGCGAUUCCCCUAAUCUUAAUCCUUAACGAUCAAACUGAUUUUCCUCCAAAUUCCUAUUAGAAGAGCAUUUUUUACUUAAAUUUCGUAAUGUUCAAAAAAAAAAAAAACAGAUGGAAGAAAAAAAAAAAGAUCGGAAAUGAAAACGAGAAAAGAGGCGACGGAAUAUUCUGAGGAACAGAGAGAAAUAGCCUGUGAAAACAGCCGUUUCUAUUCGCUCACCCAAGAGGGACGCGCCCAGCGACAGAAAUUCCAUACUGAUGAUGUAAAUCAUAAUAUAAUCCGGUAGUUACGCAUGGGGUUUCAAAUGUAAAUUUGUUUGAUUUUAUGUGUCUCCUGGUAAAUUAUGAUAAAGUUUUGCUUCCUUCGGGCGAACGAGCUCCAGCAAUGCCAAAAUGCGUCUGCAAAAGAAGUCAGAAUACAUUUGAAAUUGACGAAAAUUGACUGCUUUGUAGUAGAUUCAUCACGUUUACAUUUCACCUUUGUGACAGUUUGUACUUCUGUCUGUUGUUCGUAAACAAUAGCUUAACAAUAUAACUCCUGAAAGAGCUCCUGAACAGAUUCCGGACAGAUUUUACGUCAUCAGAAUGGAAUUUCUGUCCCUGAGGUGAAACGUCCCUAUCUGCGAGGAGGGGGAAGAGAGGGCUGUUUUCGCAUACUAAGAAAGAGAUUGAGAAAACAGCACGAGAAAACGUGCGUACUUGAGAAAUUGGUAGGAUUUUUUUAAAAAAAGAUUUUCUGUUAUAAGUAAAAUCCAUUUGUAAUGUCGUGACGUGACUUCCGAUAUUGUCCAGAUUUGUUCUUGUCUGUCUUGCUGUUAUUUCGCAUCGUUUUUACACGUAAAAACAACAGUUUGGGUAGUGGAACGUGAUAAAUGCGAAACACUCUUGAAACGUUUGCCUUCAGGCGAUCCCACAAUACAGUGCGUAUUCAUGAAAAACGGAAAAAAUCAACCUUGACUAAUUAUCAUUCCUUUUAAGAUUUAUCUGCAAAGUUUUCCCAUUCAAAAGCUUUUCAUUUUUUUAGUUUUCUCUCUCUAUAUAUAACAACUCAACUUGCAGAUCAUGGACCAAACCAUACCGACGAUAAUGCACGUAAGCUGAAGAAAACUAUUAUUAUUUAUAUGAUUAUGUCUCUGAUAAUAAGCCGUGUAAUUUUCCAUUAUUUCUUGUAUCUGAGCAACAUGAUUAUUUUACGCGAAGUGCAUCUGCUCAGCAAUUACACAUUCCCCACCCAAGAAUUAAUAUUCGAAAGUUUCGCCCUACCGUCAUUGGAAAAUACUAUUGGAACGAUCUCCCCCUUUCUAUUCGCAAUAAUUCAUCGAAAAUGCUGUUCAAAAAGGCACCUAAAAAAUAUUAUCUUGCUCAAUAUUGACUUGUGUGCGUGUGUGUGUGCGUGCGUGCGUGUUUGUGUUUUAAUGAGUAACAAAACUACAAAAGAAUAAAGUCAAUUUUGUUAAAGGGCCAUGAUUACUUUUACUAUAAUGUGCCCUUCUCCAUUCUAAUUUUCUUCUUUCAUUAUUAUUAUUAAGUACACGUAGUUUAAGCAACUUUGUACCAAUUGAUAUUGUACAACUAAUGUAUUAUUAAUAUUGCACAACUAUUGUAUUAUUGUACAACUAAUGUAUUAUAGGAGGGAGUAAAAAAAUAAAAUACAAAUACAAAUACAAUGCAAACUAUUAGCACGUGAGGCCAUGGAGCGGUAUCAACAAGAAUUUUGCAGGAAAUUUAGUCCUAGCAAACAGGUGUAGUAUUUUAUUCAAUGACAAACUUUAGAGAUAUUCAGAACAGCUGAAAAUAAAUAUAUGCCGACAAUAAUUGUUUGUUCCUCUCCCGUACUCAUGAUCGAAAUAAGGGAAAAACUCAAAACGUUAGCAAAGGACUAAGGCCCCGUCCACACGUAUCCGGAGAUUUUUGUAUCCGCAAAUUUUUUUAUGCGGAUACAAAAAUAUCUGCGUCCACACGUAGCGUAUACGAAUCGUAUACGACCGUCCACACGUAUUCGAUUCGUAUCCGGACAUCUCAAAGGAUUAGUCAACAGAGCAUGCGCACUAAGACUGGUUCUGAUACUGUGACGUCAGCGUAUACAAAAAUAUACGGAUACGAGCGUCCACACGUAUCCGGAUACACAGCGUAUACAGAAAUCUCCGGAUGCACCGAGCGGCGGCGGACACGUGUGGACGCUAGGUGUAUCCGCAUAAAAAAAUUUGCGAAUACAAAAAUCUCCGGAUACGUGUGGACGGGGCCUAACCGUGGACCAAGCGUGCGGAAAACUUACACAAACAUGCACAUGCACAAUUCGCAAUUCUUCCAACCGAUGCUUUUAAACUCCAUAUUUAUGAACAAAAAGACGCCUCUCCUUGUGUUGGUAAACAUUCCAGUACCAACUCAGAGUAGAACGUUUUAAAACCUUUUUUUGAUAUCACGUUCUAUUGUUAACAAGGCUUUAAACUGCCAAUUAUUUAUACAUGGAAAGCAAAAACGUUAUUGUGUUCAAGUUUUUAUAAAACCAUAUGAACCCGUGUGCGUACUUGUCAAAAUGGUCACCCUACGCCCCUGCAGGGGCUUUGGGAUCUUAGCCAAAUCCAGGGCCAUUAUGUUUCUGUUACUAUUUUAAGACAGCUUUACUUCUCUCUCAUCUAUAUCCUUUCUUAAUAUAUGGUGAAAUCACUGGAGUUAUACUGACCUAUGUAACUACUUAACACACGUUUGUGUUGCAAAAAAAGUUAGUCAGAACAUCACUUUUGCUCAAUAUACUGAUCAUCUCCUUUACUUAAAGAUCUAAAUGUUAUGAAGUUCAAUGAUGUUAUUUAUCAUUUAAAUCAUACCUUCAUGUUUAAAUUCCAAUCAAAUCUAUUGCCCUCUGCGUUUAGUAAUUUCUUUACCCCGGUAUCUUCAAAGCACAAGUAUAAAACUAGGCUCCCCUCGAGAUCUACAUUUUGCAUUCCUGUUUAUUUUUUUUUACGUUGUGUUAUACUUGUGCCUCCAUGAAGCAAUGCAACCUCUUUAAUAUUCUGAAUUAAUCUAUAAUGUCUCCUACGGCUAGAUUAACCUUUUAGAUAUUUUCUAGGUUGCUUGUACCUUACAUAAGUAGUAUUGUCUUCUUUAAUGUCUUUUUUUCUGUGUGGUAUAAAUAAAGUGCUUGUCUUGUCUUGUCUUGUCUUGUCUUGUCAAGUAUAGAUAAAGUAUAUGAGAGGUCCAAAAACAGACCCUUGAGGCACACCGACUAAUAGAACGCUCUUGAGAGGAGCAAGCUAUGAUUUACUGAGUCAAAAGCUGCCGAUAGAUCCUACAAUAUCAACAAUACGUUUUCUUCUUUGUUUAAAGCUAAUAUGACAUCAUUGUAAGCUUUUACCAAUGACAUAUUAGUGCUGUGAAAAACUUAGGCGGAUUGUAAUUUCGCAGGAAUAUCAGAGGCAGUGAAGUAGUCAUCUAACUUGUUAAAAAUGGCCUAUUCGAUUAAUUUUGUCUCAGACCUGAGGUUCGAUACAUGUCUGUAAUUAGUUAAAUCCUCGCAGUCGGCUUGACCUUUUUUAAAAAAAAUGUACUGGCGAAUGGCAGUCUUAACGCCUUCAGGCAUCUCACCUAUUACAAUAGAUUGGUUAAUAUAAUUCUUCAAUAGGGGCACCAGGGGAUCGUAACACUUCCGUAUGAGUGAUGCAGGUAACGAUCAUGAACUCAAGAUUUUAUUUUGAAUCCUAUCAUCAAAUCCAAAAAUUGAUUAUAACCGAGAGGCUCAAAGAAUUCACCCAAAUGGCCCUUGCAACUGGCAAAUAGGCUGAUGAACUGUUGUUAUCCCUUCUAGCUUCUAUUUCACACGGGAUACACUUGACAAUAAGUUCAAAAUAGAGCCAUGUGGGCCACCGUAGCCUGCGGCUAUGAAUGUGUGCUUUUGCUAUUCUCAGCACGCGGUUUAAGAUUUUAUGAUCAAUGGGAGCUCCGCUUUAAGGCUUACCUAAGUCUUUAUAUUAAAAAUUGUAAAAUGCUUUUAAAUAUUCCCAAGCGAUAAAUUGCUAGCUCAUUUAAAUUCAUUAAUAUUUAUAUUUUAUUUUAUUUUAUUUGAGAAGAAAUUAUAAAGAAAAAUAAAACGUUCCGACGUCUUAAAGAGUUCUUGUAGUGUAAAUUUACCUGGGGAUACUUCCUAAUUUAAAUAUUGUGUAUAACUCUGAAAAUUGAAUAACUGCAUGGCUAAGUGGUUCGUUUGUUAUUUUAGCAAGAAAAAUAUUUUAUUUGCGAAGAACAUCUUAUAUUUUAAGAGCCGUAAAGAACUUAUUGUGUAUUUGAUCAUAACCUUCACUCAAUAUUCGGAGAUAUGAUCGACCUUUCUCUUCCUCAUGCGAAUGCUGUUAGCUGAUUUUCAUUUUUCCACCUGCCCACGGUUCAAAUGAAAAAAGCCGUUCAACACAGCUUAAAAAACGAGGACUGCAAACUAAAAGGAGUCACCAGUUUAGAAGGAAUUAUAGUUUACUGCAGAUGACAAAGUGAUUCCGCAAACAUUUUCCUUUAAGAAAAAGACAUUUAGUGAUUUGCAUACACCGCUAGUUAGAUAAAGAAAGCACAGCAUGACAAAUCCACUCAAAACCUGUCGAGUUUCGCACAUAAAACACUAAAUACGAAAACUUUUCAUUUAUACAUUAUUUAUAGCGACGCUCCUUCUUCCAGUAACCUUAAUUUUUGUUUCUCUUUGGUGAAAUAAAUCUCAUAGGUUACCAUUAUCAGGCUAUACUGCUAUAGCAGCGAUCGCCUGGAGGUCUGUGAAGUAAAUAAGCAAAUUACUAAAACCGACAGAUUUUUAUUCAUUCACGCUACAAAAGCGAUCGGCCAAACAGGUCUAAUUAUUUAUUUUUUUAAAUAAACACAUUUUCUUUACGAAAGCUUAUUACAAAUAAUCCUUCCAAGGCUUAAAAGCGAAUCCCUCGAUGAAUUAAUGUUGGAAAAGACUUUUUAAGAAAAUCCCCAUUCGCUAUUGGCAUUAUUAUUAAUAUGCAUUCAUGUGCAAAAUUACAUCGUCGACGCAGUUCAAACUUAAUGUCGAAGUCCAAAUUUUACCACUAUUUCUUUUUAUUGAUACAAGAGUGAUGCCCAUAUUCAAAUGAAAAAUAUUGGACUGAAAAAAUUUUGAACGAGGAUAUUUGAAUGUGUUAUUGCAAUUUUCUUAUUCAAACAAAUAUUGAAUAUAUUCGUUAAAAUAUUACCAAAAACUCGUUUCGAAAAAUAUUAUUAGCUUGCGUGGGCGACGCUUAAAAUGUAACACAUAAACUUCUCAUAAACUGCCUUACUAUUUCUAAAUUUAAUGCUAGGAAAGGAUAAAAAAAAGAACACGGAGUAUUCAACUACACCCUUCACGGGUUGCAUUUUCUUACCUAAAAAUGUAAACAAGGAAAGCAGAAUUAUAUUCUUAUUUUCUCACCUAUGAAUAUUUACUGUCCUAACGAUGAAUGUUAUGCUCCGUUUAUCCAGUUUUCAAGGUGCUCCGUCUGACAACUUUCUUUAAAACCCUAGGACAGAAAAACAAUAAUCGUUCGCUCGUUUAAAUAGCACAAAAUGGAGUCGAGCUCGGUCUUAAUAAUUUCAAUUGGGCAUUCAGCAAGGGAAAUGACUUCCCGCCCAGCUUUAUCUAAAUGUCCUUACCAAAACAGCGAGCAAGUUGUUAAUUGACCACAGCUUUUAGUUUGAGCAAAUGGCUACAGAAGAAGCCUAAGGAAAGUAAAGUAUCUUUCGAAGCAGCUAUAGUUUGACUUCGACGCUACUGCAGACGGUGUAACAACAAACACUUAAUAUUUGCAAGAAUAUUCACGAUGCCAAGUGAAUUGUUCAUUAAUACCCCACAUUGAAGUCAACGGUGACGUUAUCGGAUUGUAAGAGGAAGUACUCGCUAAAUUUCUAGUACAAAAUAACUAGUAUUCAUUAAUAUUUAUGAAAAAUGCUUUCGAAUACAGAGGUACUGCAAAGCGACUGAGUUCUAGUCACAGGAUAUCCGUGUUUGAUCCAUUGCAGCUAUUUUCGAGGUUAUAACUUGUUUCACAGAAAAAUAACUGUUUGAAGGAGCAAAUAUUGCCUAGAAAUUCUGAAGCUUGAGAAAGGAUAACCUUGCAUUCGUCAACGAUAUUCCAUGUUUUUCAACUAACUUUCCAACUACUUUCGGAGAGAGUGUUAAUUUUCACAUUUUAUUAUAUUUUCUUCCAGUCCUUAACCGUACGCGACGUUAAGCCGAAGAUUUUGGGAAUGCGUAAAUGUGAACAGCUGGAGAACCUUUUCUACAAGACCCGGUGAAAGCUCACCUCGGUUGGAUUUCAAGGGCGAAACACAUUACAGGCGAAUUCAUUGCCCGAGAGAGAGGGUACAGUUUUUUUGUUUUUGUCAGAAUCUGAAUUCAAGUCUCAGUCUGAAGAUGACAAGAUAUGACUGAAGAUUAACCUGUGAACGAGGUUCAGGCCCGAGCAUCUCUAAAGAAAAAUGUUUCACCUAAAUUUAAAGAGUGAAAACUAAAUAAAUAAAUAAAUGUCAAAUAAAAAUCGCAUUUGACAUGGAAUAUUUUUGCAAUCCAACUCUGGGAACGAGAUUGGAAUCAAUUCUAUAGCCUGCGAAAUCAGCCGUCUCUCCUUAUUCAUCGCCGUUCGCCAGGGACGUUUCGCCAGGAGGGACGCCUGCGCCUCAGAGACAGAAAUUCCAUACUGAUGACGUAAAUCAAUGUUUACAUAAUAAACCCGGUAGUCUUGGGGUUCCAAAAGAAAAUUUGUUAGUUCAUAUGUUUCUCCUGGUCGAUUAUGGUAAAGUUCUGUGUUCUUCAGCGAACGAGCUCCACCAAAACUCCAAUUCUUCUGCUAAAGAAGAAUUCGAUACAUUCCACGAACAUUGACUGUUGUGUAGUAGAUUCAUCGCGUUUACGUUUGAACUUUGUGACCGUUUGUCUUUUGUUUCUCGCUAUUAAAAAAAAGCUAAAACCAUAUAACUACAAAGUCGACCAAUCAGAGCUCCUGACCAGAUUUCGGAGAGAUUGUACGUUAUAAGUACGGAACUUCUGUCGCUGAGGCGCAGACGUCCCUAUAGCUGCGAGGAGCGGGGAGAAGGCUGUUUUCGCAGGCUACCAUUUCUGUGGCAAAAGGGCAAAAUGCCUCUAGCUUACUAAUAAACGUGUAAAAUAACAAUUAGUUGGAACAAAAAGAACUUUAAUUUUUAAAAGCUUCAUGGCAUUUAGCCUGCGAAAACAUCCGUUUCUCCUCGCUCUUCGCCGAUGGGGACGUUCCGCGCCUCAGCGACAGAAAUUCCAUACUGAUGACGCAAUCCAAUGUUUACAUAAUAAAUCCAUUAGUCAUGGGGGUCCAAAUACAAAUUUCUCCAGUUUUACGUGUCUUCUGGUCGAUUUUGGUAAAGUGUUGUGUUUAUCUGCCAACGAGCUCCAGCAAAACUCAAGUGCUUCUUCUAGAGAAGACUAUAUUCCCCAAAUAUUGACUGUUUUGUUAGAGAUUCUUCGCGUUUACAUUUGACCUUUGUGGCUUUUUGUCUUUUGUCUGUCAUUCGUAAACAAUAGCUAAAACAAUGUAACUACUCCGUCGACCAAUCAGCGCUACUGACCGGAUUCCGGACAGAUUUUACGUCAUCAUCGUGGAAUUUCUGUCCCUGAGUCGCAGACGUUCCUCCUCGCGAAACGUCCCCAUCGGCGAAGAGCGAGGAGAAACGGGAUGUUUUCGCAGGCUACAUGGCAUUAAACUCUCUUAGGCUUGUUGCAGUAAUUUGCAAUGAUUGCGUAAGGCUAUGUACUCGAUAACUUUAAGUAGCUGAAAAAGGACUAGAUUAAGCAUAAGCACAAAUACAGAGUUCUUAACUCAAAAACUCGGACACUCAAGAUUUUCUUUCAUUCUAGACGAAUGAUUCGUCUACAUAAAAGUCGCUCUCUUACGCACCCAUUGACGUCUGUUCAUUUUUAGGUAGUGCUUGAUGUAAAUUUCAUACGAACUGCACGUGCUAUGAAUAUUGCACACUCAACGUAUUUGCACGCGAAGGUAGGGUUCUAACGCCCCAUAAGGCUACGUCCAGGCGGCACCGGACGAAUUUUCGACCGGCUGAAAAAUUUGACCGCGGCCCACUCUGUUCCAUAUUUUAGCUCUGUUGACAGGGAGCUUUGAACAACUAGGCGUCUAUUUGGUGCUGUAUUAAGGUCGCACAUGUAAGUGUCUUGAAUUCUUGAAAAAGUCUUGAAAUUUGCAUAGCAAUUUUCCAAACAUGGAAAAAGUCUGGAAAAUAGAGAUUAACUCUGGAAAAAUGGUAAAAAGUCUGGAGUUUAUUUUUUCAAAUCUACAACAAGUGCUUUUGUGAAUUUUUUCCCUUAGUCAAAUGUCUUUCAAUAUCGCCUGUAGCCAAGACAUUUAAUCACAUAGUGAGAAGUUUCAUAAUCCUCAUUUGUCGAUCGCAUUGUACCGUGGUUACUGAGGUUUGCGGUUCAUCUUAAAAAAAGGUUAGUUCCCGCUUUUUUCAAGGUCUCUAUUGACCACCAAUUUGGUAACCUUGGGUCUGGAAAAAUAAGCUAUUGUUUUGGAAAAAGUCUGGAAAAAGUCUUGAAUUUUGGAUCCGAAAAAAGUGGUUUUAUUUUUCAGCGGACAAAUUGACCUUGUACCAGAAUAAUUUAAAGCAUGUUGAAUUCUUUUUUUACAUUUUUCAAGGGCUACAAAUGUGAGUUGUUAUGUGUAAUAACACCAAAGAAUAUUUCUCAUGGGAAUCCGAGAAAGUAAAUGUCAAAUUCACAAAAUGACAUCUUACGCAUAAAAAUUUCUAGAAUUUUACCUGUGUUUUCACAUGUCUUGUGAAAUUUGAGAUUUGUCUUUGUCUUGAUUUGUCUUUGGUGUUAUUACAGAUAUAUAAUUAUAUCUACAGCCCUUAAAAAGUGUAAAAAAGGAUACGAUAAAAAUUGUUUAAAUUAUUCUGGUAAAAGGUUUUUGUCCAAAUGGCAAGAUCAUAUAUGCUGGCGUAGCAUGUUUUCAACAUGCUCUCUAAAAUUUAAUAGUUACAUUGACAUACCUUAUUCGUACUUAAUUUCGCGGUUUUCGUGAGACAGUAUUUCGCGAAGCUUUAUUUUCGCGAUUUCGAUGGGGGAAAGUGAUAAAAGAUCAUUAAAUGUCGCGAAAGCGUUGUGAACGUCAUUUUAUUUUCAAAAAAAGAGUCUGAACUACAACAAUUCUAAUCAAACUGGAACAAGUUAAGAUCAGGUACAUGUUGUCCUAGAGUCCGCAAUGUUCCUAAACAUCCAGGUCUUCAAAGGGAUCUUCCGGUGGAAGUUUCUUUGAGCCACUAACAACAUCAGGUACGCCAGCCUUCUUCCAUUUUUUUGCAGUUGACUGUCUGCCUUCAGAACUAGACAAAUGGUUGUACAUGCUAACGAUCCAAGUUGCGUGAAUUGGUUGAGAACGGAGAGUCGCAGGUCAACAUCAACAUCAUCGAGGACCAUCCCUGAAUCAGUAGUUGACUUUGAAUUUGCGCCGAGUACCAAGACGUGAAUUGGUCUUUCAUAAACUUUUUUGCUUCUCUAUUAACAGUCAAAUCAUCUUCAGAUGAAGAUGAGUGGUUAGAUUUUCUGCUCGAUAUUUUCAUGUGAAAUCUUUGCAAAUUACCUUUAUUGAUCACACUUGACAAGAUGCAAAAUGGAGCUUACCAGGGAAUAAUUUAUUAUUUAUGUCGAUAUAUCAACUGUACAUGUCGUUGUUGAUUAUGUUUAUCAAGUUCUUUGUGAUUCAAAUUUCUUACCGUGGUAUUUAAUUUCGCGAUUUUUUUACAAUCGCGAAAAUCGCGAAAUUAAAGACGCCCGAAAUUAAGUACGAAUAAGGUAUUUAGUAAAUUAAAACUGAGAAUUUAAAAAUUUUCAGUUUUUGAAAUAUAUGUACUCACUGUUUAGUGUUGAUGUUGAUGUAUCUGUUUUCUUUAUUGUUAUGUUUCAACCCUGUUAUUGUAAUAUUUUUUUCACUGUUCCUUCCCGCCUGGACUAGCUAGGCUAUUUUGCGGCAAAGAAUCAUUGGUUAUGAUAUAUGUAUCCAAAGUUUUUUCUUAUAAACUUGAGCAUCUUCAGGAAAGUUAAGACCCUCAAGUAUAAACACAACAAAAUGCAAAAACUUUGUUGGGCGCCAUGUUGACUACCUCCGUACGUCAUGAAAAGGUCUUCUAUGUUGUAGUCAAAUUUAUUUCUUUCUGCUUGAAAUACAUGGACUAAAAGAAAUUUCGAACACUAAAAAGCCUCAAAACAAAAGCAGAAGAUCGCAAAAAUAAUUUCGACCUUCACGACCUCGUAUAACCGAGCAUAUUUUUUGCCCAGGACAGUGGACUACCUGGGCAAAUUAGAGAUUAUAAUUAUAAAAUUGCAGUAAAAUUCCGAAAAUAAGCCCCUCUAUGUAUAAGCCCCUCCAAAUAUAAGCCCCCCAAACCGGUUACACAAAAAACCCUCCGUUAAAUCGCCCCUCAAAAUAUGAGCUCCCCGGGGGCUUGUACUUGGAAAAUUUCCCUCAAAUACAAAGUAAAAUAAAGCAAAAACGGUAAAUUUACUUCCAACUAUAAAGGCUAGCCCAAUCGAUUUUGAAACGCAAGUUUCCCUCCAGGGGCAGAUAGUGGGGGCGAGGGAAAGUCUAAACGGGCGGAUAAAUGUGGCACUAAGAAAAGUAAAGAACGGCGAGAAGAGCCCCUGGGGACAGUGUCUUACCAGACCAGUUCCAAACGGUCGCCGCCGUUCUGACGUUCGUGACUGAUUGAGCAGAAAAACACAAAAGUUUUCUGGCACCAAUCAGAAGUCAGAACGGCGGCGACCGUUUGGAACUGGUCUGGUAAGACAUUGUCCCCAGGGGCUCUUCUCGCCGUUCUUUGCUUUUUUUCGUGCCAUAUUUUCCCGCCCGUCUAGACUUUCCCUCGCCCCCACUCUCUGCCCCUGGGUCUCCGAGGAUGUCCGUAGAUACGCCCCUCCAAAAAUAAGCCCCGGGGCUUAUUUUCGGAAUUUUACGGUAUAAUAAUGAAUACAAAAAACUAAUAACAACAAUAAAUCGUGAUGGAAAGACUUUCAAGGAGCGUAUUUAUAGUAUGCUGAAGCCUGUGAUAGAUUUUUUCCCUAGAUCUGCAUAUGUGUUAUAAUUAGGAGGCGUACGUUGAUUUCUUUAUCAUAGUUUCUUUUGAACACAACAUGAGUGAAUUCUUAGGUAAAUCGGCGGGUUUUUCCCAAAAUUAUUCACGCUUUCCAGGGAAGAUUUUUAAGAAUGAAUCAAAUCAUUGGCUCUUAGUUCUCGACACAAAAAUUGGUCGACUCACAUCUGUUGGCAAAAGCAAAAGUUUAAGAGGCUUUCCAAGUUUCGUGUUUCCAAAUGUCAAAACAAACUGUUUAAUUAUUUUAACAACCUCGCCAAAAGUUUCACCUUUUCCACUCUUGAACUGUAGAACAACACUCCUAAUGGCUCUGUAAGUGACAAGGUAAAAAUCUGCUCGAAGAAAGUAGCGAAUCACAGCAGAGAAAAUUAUUCACAGUUUACAUUUUUGAUAGGAUUUGAAGACCUGCUAACAUUUCACACAUCAUGUUUCCGUGUAAUCGAGUGUUUUUUACAACGUCGGCCCUCUGGAAAAUAUUGAAGCAGAUAUGUUGAAUUGAAAUGCAAAUGCAACGACUUGGUUUCAAAUACAACUGCAUACCUCGACCAGUCUUCACUUGUCGUACGAUUGACAAAUUUUCAGUUUCGUAGAUUUUGGUGCAAUGGAAGCGAAAGAUUCAACGAGAUAAAAUAGUUUUUCUUUACUCAGAGAAAGAUAUCGUGUGUCUCUGAUAAUUUUUGCGCAAGCAUAACAGGUUAAAAUGUAAAUCCAACAACAUCCGUUAAUAAAAAAACUACCUACCUCGCAACUAGAUCAUAAGCUCAACCCUGACAAUUAUUCAAAAUUCCAGUCGCUGACCGGGUGAUUUUUUUCAGAAAGAUUUUGAAACGAAGAAGAGCAAGCCUUAAUUGCACAGGCUGUUAAAUCUCAUAUUUCACUUAGUGGACGAUAACACAGAUGUUCUCCUAUUUGACGUCAGCGAGAUGGAUUAACCAACACCGAAAUUCAUAUAAAAAAGCGUAUUAAAUUGUUAAAAGAGCGCCGCCCUGGCAGAUGGGCUGAAUAUUUUGAAAAAAAUUAUUUCACACGGUUAAAGAAAAACUGCAUAAAAUCUACACGAGGAAUCUCUGCUUUUUUUUCGAGAUACUUGGCCAGUAAGAUGCGAACAAAAAAAUUUUCCAGCUAUUUAAAUCGCCACUUUCUACUUUACAAAUUCAACAAGCAUUUUAUUGUAGGCUGACGCAGAACUAAAUUGAUUAAUGAUCUCCUCUCAAAAGCUUAAUUGCAUUUAUUUAUUGUCAGUUUUGUUUUGGUUACAUAAGCAUUUAGGACUCAACAUAAAUCAUUUUUGCUUAUUAAUGGUUCAGCAUUCAACUUGACCAAUGAAAUACGAUUUGCUUUUUUUAAGCGAAUAAACCAGUGCAACCUGAUUGCCUCUUAGCAGGUAGUAUACAAUAUCGAUAACGAUCCACCUGUCUAGCUAUCCCCUGGGCAUAAAUAUGAAUGGAAUUAAAUGAAAAAAAAGCUUGUUUUCCGAUGAGCUCGAAAUAUUGUAUUUGUGAUUUAAUCUAAAGGUAACAAAGUUAUUGAAUUCAAAUUUCAUAUGAAAAGCUAAGUACUAAUUUGUUUUCAGAAAUGUAAAUCAAAUAACAGUUUCUUACCGAACGAAAAUAAAUAAAUAAAUAAAUGCAAUAUAAUAAUACUAAUAAUAAUUGCUGCCCAAGAUCAGGCCAUCAAGACGAACUACUAUCGUAGCAAGAUCCUAAAAGAUGGUACAGACCCAAUGUGCAGAAUUUGAGGUCAAUUUCAGGAAACGAUUGACGGUGCAGGGUGCCCUGAGUUAGCGCUGAGCUUGCCAAAACUGAAUACCUACACAGAGACAACAAAGCCGCCACAUACUUACACUGGAACAUCUGCAAAGAGAUGAAUAUAGACACAAACGAGAAAUAGUACUAGCAUGAGCUCCAAACAGUAACAGAAAAAGAUAACAUCACAGUCUUGUGGGAUACGCCAAUACAGACAGAUGGUGAGAUAAAGGCCAACAGACCAGACAUUGUAAUCAAGAACAAAAAAGAAAAAAACUGCUUGCUCAUUGAUAUGUCCAUCCCCACCGAAAAGAACACUUCAGUUAAAGUAACUGAAAGACUCUCAAAAUACAAAGACCUUGAAAUCGAAGUUCAAAGAAUGUGGGGGGUGAAAGCUACAACAAUUCCGGUAGUGAUAGGGAUCCUGGGACUUAUUAAGGAUCCACACUAUUAAUCCCCAAAUGAGCAAGACUGAGUUAGUUCCUCCUAACAAGACAAAAUCGACUACCAAUGAUAUGCACCGUAUUACUAGGAAUAAUCGGAGCUUAGAAGAGUGCGUCCGAUAUGUCUGUAAGGCGUACAGGUAGCAGCUGAGGAGGAAGGGUGGAUGGUUAUUGCGAUAGAUUAAACCCGGUUUCCAUAUGAUCGCUACGAUCGCUGCGAUCGCUCAGAAAAAAAAAAACUUCAGCGACCGCAGCGAUCAUAGCGAUCAUAGCGAUCAUAUGAAACCACUCUCCAGCAAUCGCAGCGACAACAGUCGCUGAGAUGUAAAAAGUUCUAUCUCAGCUAUCGUUGUCGCUGCGAUCGCUGGAGACUGGUUUCUAUAUGAUCGCUGAACUUUUUUUUCUCAGCGAUCGUAGCGAUCAUAUGGAAAUCGGGUUUAAUCUAUCGCAAUAACCAUCCACCCUUCCUCCUCAACUGCUACCUAUAUGCCUUACAAACAUAUCGAACGCACUCUUCUAAGCUCCGAUUACUCCUAGUAAUACGGUGCAUAUCAUUGGUAGUCGAUUUUGUCUUGUUAGGAGGAACUAACUCAGUCUUGCUCAUUUGGGGAUUAAUAGUUUAUUCCGUUUUUUGCCAAAUAUUACCUCGUAAAACAGUAAAUGCGUUUUGCACCGCAUCAUUUACAUCGCGAUACAAGUUUUCCUAUAGAGUACUCGCACGACAAUCUCGCUUAUCAGUAAUUUCAUAUUGGGAAGUAAAUUUUGAUUGGUUCCCUAAAAAAACCGAGCAUUGCGACAAAGUUAUACGCUUCGGGGUGAUAUGCUUCUGGAAGGUCUCGAUGGGGUGAUAGCUUUGACAGUUGACAGUUAAUUUUUUUCAAAUUUUGACGGUUGACGGUUAAAUUUCAUAGCUUUCGACGGAUGAAGGUUUUAAGUGUAAAUUUAGUCCAAGAGUUCAAUAAAAUUUUUUUAACUUCUGUAUUAAUUAAUAUUAACUGUUGUGUUUUGUACGUUGUCUUGCCCUUUUAGCCAAGAGAGGAUAAAGGGGACAGAGAAGGCAUCCCCCAUACAUACCCUAUUCCAUAGGUAAUAUUUUCAGAUAUAAACAAACUUAAGCAAGUUGUAAGGUCUUGUACUGUUUUAUCCAGUUUAGAGAUUAUUCAGCAGAUUCAGGAGCCAGAAGUCCAUGAAGAUCAGCUGGAGUGGUAA